CUGGGUUCCCGCGUGGGCUCUCCUGCCCCUACAUGGUGCCCUUGCUGCUGCUGCCGGUGGGCAGGCACCAGGGCCCUGUGCCUUAGGGGCCACUGUCGCCCUCUCCAUCGUCCUCUGAAGGCCUCUCCUCCCGCCCUCACUGGGAGCCGCUGCCCCGGCCCCCAGCCUAGUCUGCUUGCUGCCAGACCCUGGCAUGUCCAGGCCUGGCCCACGCCUGCCGCCUGCCCAGCCCGCGGAACCCUGGUGGCCCCGCGAGCUAGGAUGAGGGGCCAGGCCGCCACCCCAGGUCCCCACUGGAUCCUCGGCCCGCUGUUCCUGCUGCUGCUGCUGGGGUGCUGCACCCUGGCGGCCAUGGGGGCCGACGCGGGGCCAGGGGCGGAGCUGUGCACCACGCUGGUGCAGGGCAAGUUCUUCGGGUACUUCUCCGCGGCCGCCGUGUUCCCGGCCAAUGCCUCUCGCUGCUCCUGGACCCUGCGCAACCCGGACCCGCGGCGCUACACGCUGUACAUGAAGGUGGCCAAGGCGCCGACACCCUGCAGCGGCCCUGCCCGCGUCCGCACCUACCAGUUCGACUCCUUCCUGGAGUCCACGCGCACCUACCUGGGCGUGGAGAGCUUUGACGAGGUGCUGAGGCUCUGCGACCCCUCCGCGCCCCUGGCCUUCCUGCAGGCCAGCAAGCAGUUCCUGCAGAUGCACCGCCAGCAGCCACCACGGGAUGGUGCCACCGGGCCCCCGGGAGACGACUUCUCCGUGGAGUACCUGGUCGUGGGCAACCGCAACCCCAGCCGGGCCGCCUGCCAGAUGCUGUGCCGCUGGCUGGACGCCUGUCUGGCCGGCAGCCGCAGCUCGCACCCGUGUGGCAUCAUGCAGACGCCCUGUGCCUGCCUGGACGGGGACCUCGGCCACCCUGCCUCUGGCCCCUUGGCCCCCCGUGGCGACGUCUGUCUGAGGGACGGAGUGGCAGGUGGCCCUGAGAACUGCCUCACCAGCCUGACCCAGGACCAGGGCAGGGAUGGCGCCCCAGGCGGCUGGAAGCUGUGGUCCCUGUGGGGCGAGUGCACGCGGGACUGCGGCGGAGGCCUGCAGACGCGGACGCGCACCUGCCUGCCGUCGCCGGGCAUGGAGGGCGGUGGCUGCGAGGGGGUGCUGGAAGAAGGACGCCUGUGCAACCGCAAAGCCUGCGGCACGGCUGGGCACACCAACUCCCGGAGCCAGUCGCUGCGGUCCACCGAUGCCCGGCGGCGCGACGAGCUGGGCGACGAGCUGCAGCAGUUCGGGUUCCCGUCGGCGCACACAGGUGACCCCGCGGCCGAGGAGUGGUCCCCGUGGAGCGUGUGCUCCAGCACGUGCGGCGAGGGCUGGCAGACCCGAACGCGCUUCUGCGUGUCCUCCUCCUACAGCACGCAGUGCAGCGGGCCCCUGCGCGAGCAGCGGCUGUGCAACAACUCCGCCGUGUGUCCAGUGCACGGCGCCUGGGACGAGUGGUCGCCCUGGAGCUUGUGCUCCAGCACCUGCGGCCGUGGCUUCCGUGACCGCACGCGCACAUGCAGGCCUCCUCAGUUCGGAGGCAACCCCUGCGAGGGUCCUGAGAAGCAAACCAAGUUUUGCAACAUUGCCCUGUGCCCUGUGGAUGGAAACUGGAACGAAUGGUCGAGCUGGAGCUCCUGCUCCGCCAGCUGCUCCCAGGGCCGGCAGCAGCGCACACGGGAGUGCAACGGACCCUCAUAUGGGGGCGCCGAGUGCCAGGGCCCCUGGGUGGAGACCAGAGACUGCUUCCUGCAGCAGUGCCCAGUGGACGGGAAGUGGCAGGCCUGGGCGCAGUGGGGGGGCUGCAGCGUCACAUGCGGGGGCGGCACGCAGCGGCGGGAGCGUGCCUGCUCAGGGCCCUUCUUCGGGGGAGCAGCCUGCCAGGGCCCCCAGGAGGAAUACCGGCAGUGCGGUGCCCAGCGGUGUCCCGAGCCCCAUGAAAUCUGUGACAAGGACAACUUUGGCACUGUGAUCUGGAAGGAGACUCCGGCUGGAGAGGUGGUCUCAGUUCGAUGUCCCCGAAAUGCCACGGGGGUCAUUAUGCGGCGCUGUGAGCUGGACGAAGAAGGCAUCGCCUACUGGGAGCCCCCGACCUACAUCCGCUGCGUCUCCAUCGACUACCGGAACAUCCAGAUGAUGACCCGGGAGCACCUGGCAAGGGCUCAGCGGGGGCUGCCCGGAGAGGGGGUGUCCGAGGUCAUCCAGACCCUGGUAGAGGUCUCCCAGGACGGGACCAGCUACAGUGGGGACCUGCUCUCCACCAUCGACGUCCUGAGGAACCUGACUGAGAUCUUCCGGCGGGCGUACUACAGCCCCACCCCGGGGGACGUGCAGAACUUUGUCCAGAUCAUUAGCAACCUGCUGGCGGAGGACAACCGGGACAAGUGGGAGGAAGCCCAGCUGAUGGGCCCCAACGCCAAGGAGCUGUUCCGGCUGGUGGAGGACUUCGUGGGCGUCAUCGGCUUCCGCAUGAAGGACUUGCGGGAUGUGUACCAGGUGACAGACAACCUGGCCCUCAGCAUCCACAAGCUCCCGGCCAGCAGAGCCACCGACAUCAGCUUCCCCAUGAAGGGCUGGCGGGCCACGGGCGACUGGGCCAAGGUGCCGGAGGACAGGGUCACCGUGUCUAAGAGUGUCUUCUCCACGGGGCUGGCAGAGGCUGACGACUCCUCUGUGUUUGUGGUGGGCACCGUGCUCUACCGGAACCUGGGCAGCUUCCUGGCCCUCCAGAGGAACACAACUGUGCUGAACUCCAAGGUCAUCUCGGUGACUGUGAAGCCGCCGCCGCGCUCCCUGCUCACGCCCUUGGAGAUAGAGUUCGCUCACGUGUACAAUGGCACCACCAACCAGACCUGCAUCCUGUGGGACGAGACCGACGGACCCGCCUCCCCCGCCCCCCCGCAGCUCGGGCCCUGGUCGUGGCGCGGCUGCCGCACGGUGCCCCUCGACGCCCUCCGGACGCGCUGCCUCUGUGACCGGCUCUCCACCUUCGCCAUCUUAGCCCAGCUCAGCGCCGACGCGAACAUGGAGAAGGUGGCGGUGCCGUCGGUGACGCUCAUCGUGGGCUGCGGCGUGUCCUCCCUGACCCUGCUCAUGCUGAUCAUCAUCUACGUCUCCGUGUGGAGGUACAUCCGCUCCGAGCGCUCCGUCAUCCUCAUCAACUUCUGCCUGUCCAUCAUCUCCUCCAACGCGCUCAUCCUCGUCGGGCAGACCCAGACCAGAAACAAGGUGGUGUGCACGCUGGUGGCCGCCUUCCUGCACUUCUUCUUCCUGUCCUCCUUCUGCUGGGUGCUCACCGAGGCCUGGCAGUCCUACAUGGCCGUGACCGGCCGCCUGCGCAACCGGCUCAUCCGCAAGCGCUUCCUCUGCCUGGGCUGGGGGCUCCCCGCACUGGUCGUGGCUGUGUCUGUGGGGUUCACCAAGGCCCGAGGGUACAGCACCGUGAACUACUGCUGGCUGUCCCUGGAGGGAGGACUGCUGUAUGCUUUCGUGGGACCGGCCGCCGCUGUGGUGCUGGUGAACAUGGCCAUCGGGAUCCUGGUGUUCAACAAGCUCGUGUCCAAAGACGGCAUCACGGACAAGAAGCUGAAGGAGCGGGCAGGGGCCUCGCUGUGGAGCUCCUGCGUGGUGCUGCCGCUGCUGGCGCUGACCUGGAUGUCGGCCGUGCUCGCCGUCACCGACCGCCGCUCCGCCCUCUUCCAGAUCCUCUUCGCCGUCUUCGACUCACUCGAGGGCUUCGUCAUAGUGAUGGUGCACUGCAUCCUGCGCAGAGAGGUCCAGGAUGCUGUGAAGUGCCGAGUGGUCGAUCGCCAGGAGGAGGGCAACGGGGACUCGGGGGGCUCCUUCCAGAACGGCCACGCCCAGCUCAUGACCGACUUCGAGAAGGAUGUGGACCUGGCCUGUAGAUCAGGUGAGCGCCUGACAGUGCUGAACAAGGACAUCGCGGCCUGCCGCACGGCCACCAUCACCGGCACGCUCAAGCGGCCGUCCCUGCCCGAGGAGGAGAAGCUGAAGCUGGCCCACGCCAAGGUGCCGCCCCCCAACUUCAACAGCCUGCCAGCCAGUGUGUCCAAGCUGCACACGCACGGCUCCCCCCGCUGCCCGGGCGGCCCCCUGCCCGACUUCCCCAACCACUCGCUGACCCUCAAGAAGAGCCGCGCUCCCAAGUCCUCCUUCGUGGGUGACGGGGACAUCUUCAAGAAGCUGGACUCGGAGCUGAGCCGGGCCCAGGAGAAGGCCUUGGACACGAGCUACGUGAUCCUCCCCACGGCCACGGCCACACUGCGGCCCAAACCCCAGGAGGAGCCCAAGUACAGCAUCCACAUCGACCAGAUGCCCCAGACGCGCCUCAUCCACCUCAACAUGGCGCCUGACGCUGGGCCCCCCGCCCGCAGCCCGCCCUCCCGCCAGCCCCCGGAGGCGCCCCCCACCCAGCCCCCACCACCCCCUCCUCCGCCACCCCCCCAGCAGCCUCUGCCCCCACCGCCCACCCUGGAGCCGGCGCCCCCCAGCCUGGGGGAGCCCAGGGAGCCUGCCGCCCACCCGGGGCCCAGCACGGGGACUGGGACCAAGAACGAGAAUGUCUCCACCUUGUCCGUGAGCUCCCUGGAGAGGCGGAAGUCGCGGUAUGCAGAGCUGGACUUCGAGAAAAUCAUGCACACACGGAAGCGGCACCAGGACAUGUUCCAGGACCUGAACCGGAAGCUGCAGCACGCGGAGAAGGACAAGGAGGUGCUGGGUCCGGAGAGCAAGCCGGAAAAGCAGCAGACACCCAACAAGCGGCCCUGGGAGAGCCUCCGGAAAGCCCACGGGCCGCCCGCGUGGGUGAAGAAGGAGCUGGAGCCGCUGCCCCCGUCGCCCCUGGAGCUGCGGAGCUCGGAGUGGGAGAAGUCGGGUGCCACCAUCCCGCUGGUGGCCCAGGACAUCACGGACCUCCAGACCGAGGUCUGAGCCGGUGGGCGGUGGCCACACACUGGGCACGGAGCAGGGGUGCUGCUCCGCCCGCUCCUGCUGCAGGGUGGGCGCCCGCACACUCGAGGGCGGUGGGCCCGGCCCACGCCCCGGCCUCAGGGCACUCGGACGGCGGCCAGGCGGAGGCCCGCAGUGCUGGGACCAGAGCCAGACGGGACAGGACGCGGCAGCCCCAGCGGCACGGGGCUCCAGAGGCUGGACGGAGCCUCGGACUCUGCCCUCCUCGGACCCAGCCCCGGCGGUUGGACGGGCGGCGGUGGACAGUGGCCAGGCGGGGUGCAGCCAGCACCCUCAGGACGCCCGCCCGAGCCGCUGCAACAGAGGACCAGCCUGCUUGGCCCGGCCGGCCCGGCCCCGUUUUUUAGACCCACUUCCUCGGAAAGCAGCCAGCCCCCACCCGCCCGGGCCCUGGCCGCCUCGACCCAGGCAGGGGCACAGCCCUCGCCCCGCCUGCCCUCAGUGGCAGGCCCAGAGGCCCACUCCGGGACGAAGCAGGGGUGGGGAAUCUA